UUUAUGUAACACGUGAAAGAAAGGUAAAUUAUUCACGGGCGAUACUUAUGAAAUAAAUUUUGAAGUAAAAUAAAUAAAUAUAUUUAUUUAUUUAUUAUUCAUUUUACUUCAACAUUUAUACUUAUUUGUGAAAAUCACGAAUGCGAAAUUUGAUCUUUUAUGACCUAUUGUAGAUUCGACGGAACGCCCAUUUUCUGAAUACUUGAAGUUUUUCUUCGUGAGAACAAUGUAUAGAUUCAAUUUGUCCGCACCGGGAAUGGUAUUUUUAUAUGGAGACGCAAUGAUAAUGUCCGCAAAGACUUGCAUAGCAACCAGUUUAGACAUGCGUACCAGGCUUUCAUUCGCUUCGCUACCCCCAAGAGUCGUUCCGAUUGAGUAUAUAGAACUGGAUUUUUCCAGUAUCAAUUUACAUGUGAAGAUACCGUUGACUCAAUUUCUUUUACACUUCUUCUAUCAUAACAUCAAACGCGAUGUUAAUUCAAUUCAGAUAUACAACGGGGUAAAAAGUUUUCUCGACUCAUCAAUGGACACGUACAUCGGCACGUAUGAACGCAGCAACGUUGAUCAUCAGUCAAGUUUACAAGCGUUCUUCUUUCUACUCGUAUCUGUUGCAUACAAAGAAUCUAUAGAAAUAACAAGUUCUUUUAUCGUAAAAGUAUCAACGGAAUUGACGAUCGGAGAGGGUCUGGGCAGUUCGGCAUCAUUCGCGGUGUGUCUCACAGCGUGCUUUCUGCGCUGGUCGCUUCUACAGAAAGGAAUUGUCCGUUAUGAAUUUGAUGGAGAUGAUAAACUAUUGAUAGCGAGUUAUGCUAUCGAUUGUGAUUGUAUUAUAUAUCAGUCCACCUCAGUGAUGGCAGUAAAUGUAUCGGUAAAAGGCUCGAUAUUAAUCUUCAACGAGGGAUUACCGAUUAAGUUAUUUUCUAAAGAUUCUAUGUUUAGAAUAAAGAUCAUAUUGGUCUACUCGAAUGUUAGUAUGAAAACGGUAAAUUUGAGCGAUAUCGAAAGAUCUGUGAUGACUAAUCCUAUCGCUAUUUCCAUCCUAAGCAUUAUGGAAGCUUUAGCAAAAGCAUCCGUUCAAACGUUUAUUGAAAUUAACGAAAACAUAUUUUACCUAUGUCGCGGUGAUAUCAUAAAACCUGUAAAUCUCAAUCUCCCUCUCAAGUUAUACAAAAAAUUAUCGGAACUCAUCCAAAUGAAUCAAGGAUUACUGCAAGCAUUAAAUAUGUCACAUCCAGAGAUAGAUAUUAUUUGUGCAAUUGCGCAAGACUCUUCACUCGCAGGGAAGCUCACGGGUAAAGGUAAAGGUGGAUAUGCAUUCAUUUUAUUGCCACCAAACACUACGGACGAAGACAUCACAAAAUUGAUAGAUGAAUUCAAGUCGCAUAAUUUUCCCGUCACGUUAACCAGUUUAUGCGGCAACGGAGUGAUAGUUGAAUAA